CGACAGAACUACCGUCCCCAGCUGCUCCCUAGCGGCGCCACGUCGGCUCCGCAGAGUGGGGACGGACUCAGGCGGUGCCGGCAGGGUCUGCGGGGUACCGGGCUAGUUACCGCAGCUCUACCCCUCACGACGCAGACAUGGCAGCCCCGAAGGACCAGCAGAAGGAUGCCGAGGCGGAAGGGCUAAGCGCCACGACCCUGCUGCCGAAGCUGAUCCCCUCUGGUGCAGGCCGGGAGUGGCUAGAGCGGCGUCGGGCGACCAUUCGGCCCUGGGGAACCUUCGUGGACCAGCAGCGCUUCUCACGGCCCCGCAACCUGGGCGAGCUGUGCCAGCGCCUCGUACGCAACGUGGAGUACUACCAGAGCAACUAUGUGUUCGUGUUCCUGGGCCUUAUCCUGUACUGCGUGGUGACAUCCCCUAUGUUGCUGGUGGCUCUGGCUGUCUUUUUUGGCGCCUGUUACAUUCUCUAUCUGCGCACCUUGCAGUCCAAGCUUAUGCUGUUUGGCCGAGAGGUGAGCCCAGCCCAUCAGUAUGCUCUGGCUGGAGGCAUAUCCUUCCCCUUCUUCUGGCUGGCUGGUGCCGGCUCGGCCGUCUUCUGGGUGCUUGGAGCCACCCUGGUAGUCAUCGGCUCCCACGCUGCUUUCCACCAGAUUGAGGCUAUGGACGGGGAGGAGCUGCAGAUGGAACCCGUGUGAGGUGCUGCUGGGACCUGCCGGCCUCCCCGGCCAGCCGCCCCGCCCCUGCCCACCCCUGUCCUGCACAGGUCUGCUGCUGCUUGGGCCCACAGCGCUGCCCCAUCACAAGCCUGGGGAGGGAUUCUACCUUUGAAAAUAAAGCUGUUACAGGUGUCAUUCAGCAAA